UACUAUAAACACAUGAGGUUUGAAUAUGUGCAAGAGCUCCAUAACUUCGGUUAGACCGUUCCUCACGAUGUAGCUAACAGCUGAGCUCGUUUUGCUGACAGGCUUUCCGCCUCUGGCUCGCACGCUCCGGUUCCUUACACCGGCGACAUGUCCAGACUAGCAUUACUAGCGCUCCUACUCGCGCUAGCGCUGGGUCCGGUGCUGCCGGUCGGGGUCAAGGGGCUGCAGGGCGGGGUCGCUGCCAGCGGCAGCGGCCCCGCCGCGACCGCGGAAGCGGCCCGCAUUGCCGAUGCCGCCACACGCGUGCUACUCGCCAGACCGCUACAUGACGCCGCCGGCACCGCCGCCGGCGACGGCGCGUCAGGCGCGGGGGGCAGCGGCGCUGCCUCGGGGGAAGGCGCAGCUUCCGCCACAACCGCCGCUGGAUCCAGCGGCACGGCCCAGCCAGCUGCCGGCGUUGUGCCGCUCCACCGCAGUCGCCAUGACCGACUGGCCGCUGCCGCAGCGGCGCGAAGAGCGGCGGCGCCGCCGCCGGCACCGCCCGCGCCGCCGGCGUGGGAGCUGGAGCUGGCGCCGGCGGUGGCAGCGCUGUACCCCGCGCGGGAACCCAACGGCACGCUUCUGCGGGGGCCGCCACGGCUGGCGGGCACGUACAAAGGCAAGUGGCUGCAGGAGGCGCUGGGCCCGGCCCUGGCCGCCGCAGGCUACCUCACCACUGCUCGCGGCGCCAUCAUCCUGCAGCUACCCGCCACCGACAACCCCCCGCCCGCCGCCGCCCCUGCUACUGCCGCUAGCACUGCUUCAGCUUCAUCUCCUGCAGCUGCUGCUGCUGCUGCUACGGCCUCGCUUGGCGGCAGUAGCACUGGCAGCGGCAGCGGUGCCAACAGCAGUAGCAGCAGUAGCAGCAGUGGCGGUGGCAGUAGCAGCAGUGGGUUCGGCGCGCUGCCGGGCGGUGUGCAGGAGCUGCGGGGGGAGCUGGUGCUGCGGGACGGGCCGGGGGUGACGGACCGCGACGUGCGGUUUCGGCUGCGUGGCGUGUACGUGCCGGCGGCGGGGGCGGUGCACGCAGUGCUGGAGCCGCACUGGCCCACGGUAGUGACGAUGACGGAGGAGGAGAUGGCGGCGGCGGCGGCGGCGGGCGGCGGCGGGGGCGGCGCCACGGAGGAGGGCGCGGCGGCCGGCCAUAGCUACAGGGAGGCCCUGCGCACCGCGGCCCGCCAGAUGGCGCUGAGUGGCUCGCGAUGGCACCACGCCCUGGUGAGAGCCAGCCCGCCGCCGCCGGGAGCACGGCGGAGAGGCCCGUACGACACACAGGAGCUGAGGGUGGCGGCGGCGGUGGCGGCGGCGGCGGCGGCCCGCCGGGACCGUGGUGGGGGCGUGGGGCUGCCGCGGCCGCCGUCGCCGCCGCCGUCGCCGCCACUGGAGCUGGCGCUGCGCAAGACGUGCGAGUUCCGGGCCCACUUCCACGUGUACUACAAGGGCGACCCUGACGCCGCAUCACACGUCUCCCACCUGCGGCUGGACGUGCCCGCGCCGCCGCCGCCCGCGCCGCCGCCCCGGGGCGGUUGGCUCAUGCGGCGAGCCAGCCCCGCCCCGGCGCUUGACGGCCGUGGCAGCGGCGGCAGUGGCGGCGGCAGUAGCGGCGGCAGUAGCGGCGGCAGUAGCGGCGGAGGCGGAGGCGGAGGUGGAGGUGGAGGUGGAGGUGGCGGCACGCAGCAGGGGCGGGGGCAGGAGCCGGGUUCCGGCGGCGCCGCUGUCGGGCACCACAGCAGCAGCAACACACUCGACACUGCGGCGGCGGCGGCGGCGGCGGCUGCGGACACGAAGCGCCGCAGCCUGCAACACAACGCCGCAAGCAGUAGCAGUAGCAGUAGCAGCAGCAGCAGCAGUAGCAGUAGCAGAAGCAGCGGCGGUAGCGGGCGGGGUCUGUUGGCGGACACGGAAAUCUUCCACUCCACUCAAGUGCAGCUGCACGGCGGCGGGACCGGAUCCGGAUCUGGAUCCGACGGCGACGAGCAGGGGCUCGAAGGCGUGUACGGGCUGCCGCCCGGCAUGGAUCCGGAUGACCCGGAUCUGGAUCUCAUCGGCGCGGUGGUCAGCCCCAACUGCGGCCUGCGGUUGUCGUUCAACGCCACGUCCGUACACCUGGAGCGGUACUACAGACAGGUGCUGCGAUACAGCGUGAUGGUCACCGCCGUCACCAUCGGCCAGGUGGUGUUGGUGGUGGUCCAGAUGGAGGCGGCCGCCGCGCCCUCCGCCUCCGCCCGCACCUCGCUCUACACCGUCACGCUGCAGGCCAUCCUGGACGCUUACCAAUGCCUGCUACACCUGACCGGGGCCCUCGUGGUGGAUGCGCUGUUUGGCGCCUUCGCCUCCGUGGCCUUUUUGCAGUUCCUGCUGUUUGCGGUGUUUGAGAUGCGGCAGACGCUGUUGGUGUGGCGCGCGCAGCGGGCCGCCGCCAACCCCGCCGCCGCCGCCGCCACUGACUACUGGAGUGUGCGCCGUGACAUGAGUGCGGUGUACACGCGCUUCUACGGCCUGCUGCUGCUGGGUCUGUUCCUGCUGUUCCAGCUGCAGUCGCACGUGUGGGUGCUGGCGCUGCUGCUGCACAGCUGGUGGCUGCCGCAGAUUGUUCACAGUGCGGUGACGGACACGCGGCCGCCGCUCAAGGCCGAGUACCUGUGGGGCAUCACGGCGCUCCGAGCUGUAAGCCCGCUCUACUUCUGGGGAUGCCCUGCCAACCUGCUGCGCAUCACCACCCGCCCCGGGCUGUGCCUGGCGCUGUGUGUCUGGCUGGCGGCACAGGCGGCGCUGGUGGCGGCGCAGAUCAAGUGGGGGCCGCGGGUGUUUGUGCCCAAGGCCUUCCUGCCUCAGCGCUACGACUACCACCGCGCCGCCACACGCCGCGAGAUGGGGCUGGACGACGGCAGUAGCAGCAGCACCGGCAACGGCAGUAGCAGCACCGGCAACGGCUCCGGGUCGGGGCCGGGAGCGCCGUCAGGGGCCGGCGCCGCCGCGCUGGCAGGCGGGCGGGCCGUGCUGCACCGCCUAGUCGCAUGGCUGCGCCCCGGCGGCAGUAGCAGCAGCAGCAGCAGCAGCAGCAGUAGCAGCAGCAGUAGCAGUAGCAGUAGCAGUAGCCGCGCCGCGCCGCGCGCCCGGCGGUCCGACGGCGUCGGUGGCGCCGACGGGGCGGGGGACGUGGAGACGGGCCACGGCUCCAAGGAGUGUGUGAUCUGCAUGAACCCGGUGGCGUUGCUGCCGCCGCGGUGUCGCAUGGUGACGCCCUGCGGCCACUUCUUCCACGAGCCCUGCCUCAGCCGCUGGAUCGCCGUCAACAGCACUUGCCCCACCUGCCGCCGGCCCCUGCCGCCGCCCUGACCCAGCGGCCGCGGCCUGAGGGCACCGGCGCGGGCGGGUGGCGGCUGCCGCCGGGCCGUGACCCAGAGACCGCGGCCGUGACAAUGACUGUGGCCUGGGCGGCAGCUGGCGCCGGGCCGUGAUCGGCGGGGCGCGGAGGCGACUUGGCAUGAUUGCCGGGGGGGGGGGCUCGAUGAUCGGGUACAUGCGGCUUGCCGCGGCCGCUCUGAAGCUGCCCGUGUGUCGCGCUUUUCGGAGCGAUGGGUGGAAAGCAAUGGACGGUUGGGAGGGCGUGUAGGCGGUGCAUGUGGGCUUGCUGGCGCUCCGGAACGGCCUCCCGGCCGCUGACGGCAUUGGGGGCGGCCACCCAGGAGGUAUGGACGUAUGGUGGUCUGGUGGUCUUGGGACCAUCAGACUUGAAGAGAUCCCGAAGAUCGACUGACCUCGAUACGGAAUGUAAAGAACCAGUGGUCCAAAAGUGCAUGCUCGUUACAUAUGGACGUUUCACGUCUGGGAAGCCGGGAAUAAACGCUUAAUUGACGUGCUUGAAAAAACGUGUGUGUGGAAGGCAUCGGCGCCUCAAUGCCCCGGCCACUCCGCGUUUGCGGCUAGCCAGAGCCCAGAGGACUGAAUUGCCGCUGGCUGCCUGGCUGGGGUGUGCCGUGUGCCGUGUAAGGAUGCCAGAUG